GCCACGUGAAGAUCUUCCAAACCACUUUCAUGGUCUCUUCAACAAGAUUCUUGUUCAUCCAACAAUUACGUUCAACUCCUUCUUCUUCAAAAACAUUUGGUCAUCAACCACUUUCUUGGUUUGCAAUAUAUUGUUAUUGUUCAUCAUCCGCCAACAACUUCAAAACAGCAACUAUGGAAACCAACUCUACAGAUACUAAAGAGCCGAAAAGGGAUCGACAGAGCGAGACAUGUGAUAAUGGAGCUUGUGAUUUAAAUCACUCAAAAAAGGUUUCAGAUGAUAUACUACCUCAUAUCCUCAAUCUGUAUGCAUCACGGGCCUUGCCUCAAGACUUUGAAAUCUAUGCUCCAAAUGCAUCUUUUGAAGAUCCACUCAUGUGCGCACGCGGGGUAAAGCAGAUCAAGUCGGCCUUUUAUUCUCUUUCCAAGGUCUUUACCGAGUCUAGAAUUGUAGAGUAUAGCAUUAAAGAAAAUAUGCUUCCUCAUGGAAGAAGAGAGAUACUCAUUGACAAUAAGCAAUACUACAAGUUUAUGGGAAAGAAUAUUGAUAUGAUAUCGCUUAUCAAACUCUAUGUAGAGAAUGGGAAGGUCAUUCGUCAUGAAGAUUGUUGGGACAAGAAGCCGCUAUGGAAUAAAGAGACUUCUAAGGUGCCACUCGUUGGGCAAAUCAUUGAGAUGAGUAAAAGGGCUUCCAUGUUCGCAACUCAUGCUAUGAUGAGGUUUGGGAAGGACCCAACUACAUAAUUCUUUCUAGAAAGAUAAAAUUGGCAUUUUGCAUGAUAUAUGUGGUGCGGUGCUAACUUCCUCACCUGGUUUGCCAACUUCUACACAUUUAGUAUAUUCUGCUAUAGUAUGUGAAAUGAUUAGUCUACUGUAAUAUACAUGAUUGAGUAGCAUAUCAUAGGUUAAUGUCAGAGUGAGUUACUAUCUGUUGUAUUUAGUUUAGGUGUCAAAAUGGGCACGCUGGUUAACAGGUCCCAUUUAAAGUGAUAUGUAUUUAUACGGAUUGAAACCAGUAGGGUUGUGUUGUGCCCACAUAUUUUGUGUCCAUGUUAUAAAUUAAGAGUUACUAUGUCAAA